CAGAAUUGCCCAGUGAAAUAAGCCCGUUCAGACGUUAGAAUAUUUAUUCGCCAACAGAUUGAAAAUUCGCAUGAGAUAAUCGGGAAAAAAUUCUUCAUCAGCAUACGAAAUUUGAGCUAACAAAAACUCGGUUGUGGUACGUAAUAGGUUAACAUACAUGACGAACCUGUCGUUUCUACCUUUCUGCUGAGCUGGGAAUUUGUCUUGAAGCCUGAAAAGUUGCUCGAAAGUGUUCAUGGAAAAAUACCUGGUUCCUCGAAAACACAAGAUGGAAUCCAAAGGUGACGCUAACAACACCAAACAAACUCCAAAGAAAAGAAAACAUCACAAAAAUGAGUUCCAGGCUGAUACCAAAUCAGGAAAUCCCAAACCACUGUACCGACUGAAUGAAGUGCGGGGUGACUUAUUUUCAUGUGCCAUCAGUGAUUCCCUUGCUCACUGCAUAAGUGCUGAUGCUAGGAUGGGUAAAGGGAUAGCAAUCCUCUUUAAAACUAAAUUUGGUGGAGUGGAGGAGAUCAAAAGUCAAGGGCAGAAACCAGGAGGUGUGGCUAUUCUACAAAAAGGAGAAAGAUUUGUCUACUACUUGGUCACGAAGGAGAAGUCUUUUCACAAGCCAACAUACAAAACUUUGCAGUCAUCAUUAGAAGCCAUGAGAGACCACUGUCUCACCCAUGGGGUGAAAAGCCUAUCCAUGCCAAAGAUUGGUUGUGGCUUGGAUGGUCUACAGUGGUACAGAGUUAGUGGGAUCAUAGGCCAAGUUUUUCAAGAUACAAAUAUUAAUGUGACUGUUUACAGCUUGUAGGAAUUAUAAGGUCAUUCAGAAAUCCUUAAAAAGCAACAUGUUCAAAACAUAUCCAUAAAAAUUAAAUGUUUAUAAUUGUCACAAAUUGUUUAUAUUAGAAAAUUAUGAAAAAGUAUAUUGUUGCUGUUAAUCUUCAUUCAGAACUUUGCAUGUGUAUAUACUUAAUGUUUAUAUUUGGAUCUGUGCAAAAGUUAAACACUUAAUGUUCCUAAGAGUUCUGUGACUGAAGUGACAAAGCUGCAGGAGAUCUGACAUGCUGAAGAAAAUUGUAGAGCCAGGCCCCUUGCAGCUUUGUCUCUUGCUGCAGUUUCUUUAAGUGUCUUCUUACAGGCUAGUACUGAUAGAACACUUGAAAACUUCAGGGAGGGAAGUGUAGAUAAUACUGUCAUCAUCAUGUUGUGUGCCUAGCAAAAAUUCACAAAGUUUAAGGCCAAGAUCUAGUAGUUGACUCAACUAGAUGAACUUCAAACAUAUCAACAUACUGUAGUUGCUUCUAAUUAGUAACGUAUGAUACUCUUCUGUCAAAGAUACAUUCAUUUGGUUGUUAUGGGCUGUUAUCUGUUUUUUUCUUAUUAUUAAGAAAGUAAUACCAAUUUGUUUAAUAAACAGUUGUUUCAUGUCUAUCUAA